UUUUGCAAUUUUUGACAUCAUACUAUACUAUGACUUAUUUUUGCACAUUUUAGAGGUCAGUUGAGCUGCAAAGUAUUACAGCUCAACUGCUGACUGUUAUCGUUCCAGUCUCUGUGUGAAGGUGUUGCAAUGUGUGCUGUACUUUUGAGCAAGGCAGAUAAACUGAUUCAGUAGAUUGAUAAAGCGUGAACUUGCUUCUGUGUGCUGUUACAGAUGUGUUGCUGGUAGAAACAUGGAGAAACCAAAAUCCUCAGACAGAGCAGAGCUGGAAGAGACAACAGGCCUGGUGGAGGAUGGUGAUUUGCCUCAAGGUGCCGAAGGUGGAAAGGUGGAUCCUCGAACACCGAGGAAGAGCAGCUCCUCCCGCUCUUCCCGUAAGAGUUUCCGUCUGGACUACCGACUGGAGGAGGAGGUGACGAAGUCUUGUCGGGGCAAACAUGGUCGCUGGACAAACCCCUGGCCAACAUGGCGCUUUCCUUCCUACUCUAUGCUGCUCAGAUUUCUGGUGCUGGAUAAAAAUCACAGCAGUGUGCCAACAAGCAAAGAGGUCCUGGACAGUGAACUCCCAGUAUUGGAGCCCUACUUUGUCCAGAAUCCAGAAGCGUUGGACUCUCCUGCUGGUAUGAGGGUCACCUGGCUGGGCCACGCUACAGUUCUGGUCAACAUCCUGACCGACCCCAUUUUCAGCCAGAGAGCAUCAUUUCUUCAGUUCAUGGGGCCCAAACGAUACAGUGGACCCCCCUGCACAGUGGAACAGCUGCCGAGGAUAGACGCCGUCCUCAUCAGCCUCUCUCAUUACGAUCACCUGGAUGCUGGAUCUGUUGCCAGCCUUAAUACAUGCUUUGGAGGGGAGCUACACUGGUUCGUACCCCUGGGUUUGAUGGACUGGCUGGCCAAGAUGGGUGAGAACGUGAUGGAGCUGGACUGGUGGGAGGAAAACUGCGUCCCGGGUCACGACAACAUCACGUUUGUCUGCACACCCUCUCAGCACUGGAGCAAACGGACAGCGUGGGAUGAUAACAGGUCUUUAUGGAGUAGCUGGUCUGUUUUGGGUCCCAACCAUCGAUUCUUCUUCGCCGGCGACACAGGCUACUGUUCGUCCUACCAGAUCGGACGCCGCUUUGGGCCAUUCAACCUCGGAGCGAUCCCUAUUGGAGCAAACCUGCCCAGGGAUGUGAUGAAGGGACAGCAUGUGGAUCCAGAAGAGGCUGUUCAGAUUCAUCAGGACCUUCAGGCCAAACAGUCUGUAGCCAUACACUGGGGGACCUUCGCCCUCGCCUAUGAGUACUACCUGGAGCCGCCGGUCCGUCUCAGAGAGGCCCUGGAGCAGAGGGGACUGAAACCAGAAUCCUUCUUCACGUUGCAUCACGGGGAGUCCCGGCUCAUC